GUGCGAACAGCUCACUCUGACUUGAAAUCAUCCACUCCCACUAUUUUGCCUUGCAACAGCUCCUGGCUUCAGGAUUGACCGACCUUGACCGCCAUUUCUUGGGGUGAACAACCCUGACUUCAACCUCCAUUCUGAGGUAUGGCACUGACCGACCUCACUCUUCCCCUUGCUGUGGUCGCUGCGGUUGCACUCGCACAUAUUCUUAUUGUGGCUGCCAUUCCUUUAGCAGCUGGCAGUGGACUCGGGUACAUUAUCUUGGUGGCCUACAUGCAUUCCCGUGCCUUAAUGCAAUUCUAAAAAGCCAAUUUCUCAUGCUAGUUGGGUGGGGUUGGCUGUCCCUUUCACACACCAGUCGAUCGCGCACCCCGCCGAAAGAGAACGCCUCUCAAUCAACUACCCCAAUAAGACGAAAUAUAUCUGAAUGAAAUCUAGUCUACAGUUGCUGUAGGACUAGUGCAUUAAUGCUUGUUAUAGCCUUGAAUAUGGCAAUUUGAACAUGUUGUGUACCACAAUAAUAACCUAUGACAUCUACUAGGCUUCUGGAGGAAGCCUUCCUAAGGAUCUCGGGUAUAGGCCUCACGCUAGCGCAUGAGCUACCCUAAUCAAACAUUUGUCUGAACUUGCCUAACUAUAUUCCCC